CCUUGAGAAUAUGUUUUCCCGCUCUUUAAAAUCCGGCGUGUUUGAAAGCAGAAAGUUGUCUGUUAUUUUGAGAAGUAAAAUUACACAAGAAAAUGGGUGUCAUUUCUCUGGAUUAUGUUAUUUCAUACAGUUCUCAAGACGAAACUUAUAAGGCAACAAACUUGUUACAAAACCCUGGUUCUGGAAAACCAUGGCUUUGUGCUCCAGAUGAUAAAUCAUGUUGCCUUGUAGCUGAGUUUCAGUUAUGCAAAUCAAGCAGAAUAGAUUUUAUUGACAUUGGCAAUUACGGCUGUAGCACUGUCGAAAUACAAGUUGGAAGAUCUUCUUACCACUCCAAAACACAAUAUGUUUCUUUCUUGCCAGCUGUAACAUUACUUUCAUUGGCUGAUCUCAAAGAAGGUGUAGAUCGUAAUGCAGUCUACAUGUUUAAUAAAAGCAACUUGAAUGAAGCUGUUGCCAGUGACAAAUGGGAUCGUAUAAAAGUGAUUUGUUGCCAGCCUUACAGGAGGAAUACUCAAUUCGGUUUAUCAUUCCUUUCUCUACGCACCAAUGAGCUUGCAACAGAGCUUAGUAUCAAUGGCCAAUCAAUGUUAAAUGAUAAAAAUGACAGAUCUCCCUUUAAACGUUCCAAAGAAUAUGGAUCAAAUAUCACUUUUACUAGGGGACAGCAGCUUCUGAAUGCUUCCAGAUCUAAACAAAAUGAUGAGAAGCCACGCUCUCAUUCUUUUGAGGAGGACAUAAGUGUUUUUCUUAUUGCUUGUCUGGGAGAAGAAAAUGAAAAUAAAACACUGGAAGAUUACAUGAAGGAAUUUGAAGAACAGUCCCAACAAAACCUGAAUACUGCUGAAAAAGUAAUUUUUAGAAUGAACUACAUGAAAAUCCGUGGCAAUGCAUUUAUUUCUGAUUAUAAACCAUCCGAUUCUUUCUCAAGGAAUCAAGAUUCAAGGGUAGAAUCAUCCCCUUCUAAUCCUAAAAGUGACUGUAACAAGUCAGAAAUUCCAUCAUUUGAUUUACAGUUAUCCACUCCUGCGAGAAGAAAAUUGUCUGACUCGGACGAAGCUGACAAAAUGAAAAGGGCGCUGAAACGUUUGAAAACACCUGCAAAACCUUCAAAAAUUGCUGAAAUUCUCAAUAUUAGUCCUGAGGAUUUUAUUCAAUCGGAUGGUGUGCAACCCUCGACAUCCAGUGGAGUUACAUAUGUUGAUUGUCCAAUAUGUAGAGAAUUUUUUCCUUCUGAUGAAAUUGAAAGACAUGCAUCAACAUGUGGUGAUUUGACAGCGGAUGUAGAAUAUCUAUAUUCCAGCAAGCCCAAUGCAUUGCAUUCAGAAGAUAAAGAAGAAACUUUCAUCACAUGUUUGUUUUGCGAUGAAAUGCAUCCUCAGAAAAACAUGAGUUUGCACCUAGAUCAACAUGUGCUGUAAUCAAAUUAACAUUCCUUAGAUUUUUUUAUAUUUUGUACAAAUAAUGUGAAAAGUUUAUUUUCAUAUGAAAAUAUGUGAAUUUUAUUAAAAUAUUUGCUUGUGUGCAAUUAUUGAAUAGUAUUAUUAUCUUGCUUAUUAUCAAUUUGAUACAUCAGUGUUUAAGCCAGUCCUAUUUUUACAAUGACUUUUUAAAAUAACAGUUGUGAGUCAUUACAAAAUGAACUUUAAAAAAAAGAAGAAGAAAUUCCUUGUAUGAAAGAUAUGGACUAUAAUUUUCAUCGACUUGCAUACAGGCAUUUCCAUUUGCUAUAAUGUUUGUUGACAGAAAGUAUCUGCUAAAGCAUGUAGCGAAAGUAUUCAACAUAUACUUU